AUGCCACAGACAUCUCGUCCCUCGCAGGCGGAUCUCUCCUCCUCGCCUGGCAACUCGCCGCCAAACGCGUCCUCAUUGUCGGCGGCGGCGACGUCGCCUCCGGCCGCAUCGAGUCUCCAUCCGCUCACCGCCCACUUCGUCGACAACUGCCCACGGAUCACCUACUAUGAUCGCACCUUCGCCGGCCCCCAGGACCUCGACAACGUCGACAUGGUCUUGACCGCGAUUGAUGACGUCGACGUCUCCCGUCAGAUCUGCGCACUCUGCAGGGAGCGCAAAAUCCCGGUCAACCGGCCCCCUCCAGAUCAUGAUCUCCACGAACGGCCGCAGCCCAAGCUCGCGAACAUCAUCCGCAAGAAGAUCGAGGCCAGCAUCCCCGAGCACGCGGGCGAGGCCAUCGAGCGCGUCGGCGAGCUCCGCGCCAAGCUCAAGGAGCGUGCCCCCGGCGUCGGCGGCGACGUCUCCAAGCGGCGCAUGCGCUGGAUGAUCGAUGUCUGCUCGUCCUGGGGCAUGGACGAGCUCGCCAUGCUCGACGACCAGAUGAUCGGCCGGCUUCUCGACGAAGGCUGGGAGAAGCACAAGGUCCCGAAGCUGGAGGAGGUUGGUGGGGCGAGGAAGACGGUCUCUGUGCCGUCGCCAUCGCUCUUCUUCCAACCGCACUCGGUUUCGCUGCAGGCGUAG